AUGAAGGUUUCAUUAUCAACACCAUUCACUGGCAUACCAUUGUGGGUUUUGAUUGUGGCAGUUUCAAUAUCAGCAUUCAUUGUUGUGAUCUGCAUCAUUUUGUGCUUUUGCUUCGUAUAUUAUCCUCGUAAAAAACCAUACAAACCUCGUUUUUCUUUACCUAAAUCAAUAGCAUGCAAGCACCACAAUGAUGAUUUUAGCUCUUCCUCUCUUGACAAGAGGUUACUAUCAGCAUCAGGGAAUGUCUCAGAACAUAGUAUGAACUUUCAGAAGUUGUCAUCGGGUUAUUACAAUCAUGAGUUGUUCAUACCUGGUCAGUUUUAUCCAAUGGGAUAUGACAGUUCAAAUGAUAGGUAUUUGGAAGGUUUGGGAUCAAAAGGUAAGUUAUGUUGCACAGUCAAUGAUAAAAGUAAAGGGUGGAACUUUAGCCUUAAGGAGAUAGAGGAUGCUACCAAUGGAUUUUCUAAAGAAAAUGAGCUUGGAAGUGGAGAUAAUGGGAUUGUAUAUCUUGGUUUGUUACCAAGUAAUUAUCAAGUGCUAGUGAAGAGGCUAGUAUGUAAAAGUCACCAACCUGAGGAAAUUUUUGCAUUCCAAAUGGAAGCAAUUGGACUUGCAAAGCACAAUAACCUGGUCAAAUUACUUGGAUAUUGUGCAGAGGGUGCUUACAGGAUGUCAGUUUCUGAAUAUGUAGAACAUGAAAGUCUGCACCACUGGCUUCAUGAAUUUCCUGCACAAAUCAGCCCUCUAACAUGGGAUAUAAGAAAGAACAUAAUUCACGGUGUGGCAAAAGGACUGGCAUACCUUCAUGAUGAAGUUAAACCAAAGAUUCUCCAUGGCAGCUUAAAAACUAGUAAUAUUUUGCUGGACCACAAAUGGAAUCCAAAAAUAUCUGAUUUUGGCCUUGUUGAGGUUCUCAGUUCCAAAAGGAGUCACACUAUACUUGAAGUGGAAGCAUUGGGAAUUCAUGUUAUCUAUGACUUUUAA